AUGCCAACCAGCAUGCAUCUUUUGCGUUCUGUCGCGCUGCUAGAGCGCCGCAUUACGGUGAAUGCACGCGCAAUAGGUGGGAUACGUGAGAACAGUGAUGCUUCUUUAAAUAAGCGCCGUGGGCGUGCGCGUGAAUCGCUGUUGCGGCGCAACCUCGCGCCGCUUUCGCCUCCGACCCCUGCGCCAGCCCAAGAGCCAUACAACCCGCUCACUGUGUCGUUGGUCAAAGGAGUCGGCCGUGUAAUGGGCUACAACUUUGUCCGCAGCAAAGCUAUCAAGGUCACCGGCGACUUGUACGACCGAUGUGCGACGCGGGCACAAGCGGAGGCGCAUUUCUGGUACAAGGAAUGCGCGCUUCCUGCCUCUUUCCAGACGUGGUUCCAGCUGACAAACCUGCAUAUAUUUCUCCUGCUUAGCCGUUUCCGUGCACUUCCGAAGGACGAGGCGCAGACUUACGCACAAGAACUUGUGAAUCACUUUUUCAUCGACACGGAAUCGCGCAUGCGCGAGCGGUUUGGCGUACAAACAUCGCGCCUUGUGAAAGGCUACAUGAAAGAUUUGCAUUUGCAGCACCGCGGUUCUAUGAUUGCGUACGACGAGGGUUUGGCCACUGAUAAUGUGCGUCUCUCCGGAGCGGUUUGGCGCAAUGUCUGGGGCGGCGGCUGGGGUGCAAUUGGCGGUGUGAAACGCAAGACGCCCAUCGACAAGACUAAGCGCGGAGACGACACAGCCGAAGAAGGCCGGCCAGAGCUGGCCAUAGACAAAGACGCGCUGCAAGUGCAAGACGCGCUGCCGGAUGCAUUUGAAGAGGACCGUGCGGCGCGCGCCGAAAUUCUCUUUCCCCAGCACUUGGAACGCGUCACUCGCUGGCUCCGCCGCGAGAUAUACCGCCUCGGCCACUUGCCCGACGAGACAAUUAUAGACGGAGACGUGCAUGCGCAGCGUUCUACGGAACUGAGCGGCGGGGAGCAGCCUGUAGUGUCUGCCUAUACGCGCAUUUAA